AUGGAGUACGCAUUCAGGGCAGUAACUAAAAAUCCUGGGAUUAUAAUCUGGAGAAUUGAGAAAAUGGAGCUGGUCCAAGUUCCUGAGAAAUCCUAUGGAAACUUUUUUGAGGGUGACUGCUACAUACUUCUCUCUACCCAGAAUGUGAAAAACACUCUGGUUUAUAAUAUCCACUACUGGAUCGGCUCCGAGUCCUCUCAGGAUGAACAGAGUGCAGCUGCUGUUUACACCAUACAGCUCGAUGACUAUUUGGGCUCCACUCCAAUCCAACAUCGUGAGGUUCAGAGCUACGAGUCUGAUGUUUUCAGGGGAUACUUCAAACAGGGAAUAAUCUAUAAGAAAGGUGGCGUUGCAUCAGGCAUGAGGCACACUGAAACCAACAGCUAUGAUGUUAAGAGGCUGCUUCAUGUCAAAGGGAGAAAAAGAGUGGUUGCCACAGAGGUGGAGGUCAGCUGGAAGAAUUUCAACCUUGGAGAUGUGUUUUUGUUGGACACCGGCAAGACCAUCAUUCAGUGGAAUGGACCAAAGAGUAACAAACAGGAAAGGCUUAAAGGAAUGUUGCUGGCCAAAGACAUCCGAGACAGAGAGAGGGGAGGUCGGGCAGAGAUCAGAGUGAUCGAGGGUAAUGUAGAGGACAAAUCUCCUGAAAACAUGGAGAUCCUGAAUGAAGUUCUUGGAGUAAGAUCCUCACUGCUGAAAGAUGGACCUCCUGAUGAAACCGCUGACCAGGAACAGAAGGCACAACUGACACUUUACCAGGUGUCAGAUGCUGAUGGUCAGAUGAAGGUCACAGAGGUUGCUACCAGACCACUGGUUCAGGAUUUACUCAACCAUGAUGAAUGCUACAUCCUGGAUCAGGGAGGGCUGAAAAUCUUUGUAUGGAAGGGGAAGAAGGCGAACAAAGCUGAAAGACAGGCCGCUAUGACCAGAGCUUUGGAGUUCAUCAAAGCAAAAAAAUACCCCAUCACUACAAAUGUGGAGGUGGUGAAUGAUGGGGCAGAGUCUGCUUUGUUUAAGCAGCUGUUCCAGAGGUGGACUGUGAAGGACCAAACUCAAGGUCUGGGCAAAGUCAGUACAAGAGGGAAAGUGGCUCACAUCAGACAGGAGAUAUUUGAUGCCUCUCUGAUGCAUGUCAUGCCAGAAAUCGCUGCACAGGAGCGAAUGGUGGACAAUGGCGCAGGUCAAGUGGAGGUGUGGAGGAUUGAGAAUCUGGAGCUCGUGCCUGUGGACCCUCAGUGGUAUGGCUACUUCUACGGAGGAGACUGCUACCUGGUCCUCUACACAUACUUUGUUAACAGCAGGAAGUGUUACCUGCUCUACAUGUGGCAGGGGCGUCAUGCAACACAGGAUGAACUGGCAGCUUCAGCAUUUCAGGCUGUGGCCUUGGAUCAGAAGUACGGUAAUGAGCCGGUUCAAGUGAGAAUAACCAUGGGCAAAGAACCAAAGCACUUUAUGGCGAUUUUCAAGGGUAAAAUGGUCGUCUUUGAGGGCGGCACAUCUAGAAAAGGGCCUUCUGAGCCAGAGCCCCCAGUAAGAUUGUUCCAGAUCCACGGCUCCGACCCAUCCAACACUAAAGCCAUUGAGGUUCCAGCUCUGGCAUCCUCUCUGAACUCCAAUGAUGUGUUUUUACUAAAUAGCCAAUCAGGAAUGUAUCUGUGGUGUGGAAAGGGAUCCAGUGGAGAUGAGAGGGCCAUGGCGAAGGAGGUCAGCUCUGUGUUUCACCACAACUCUCAGAUAGUCUCAGAGGAGCUUGUGGCAGAGGGGCAGGAGCCCUUUGAAUUCUGGGAGUUGCUGGGAGGUAAAGGUCUCUACGCGAGUGACAAGAGAUUACAGCAGCUGGUUUUAGACCACCAGCCACGCCUGUUUGAAUGCUCCAAUAAGACGGGCCGCUUCAUUGUGACCGAGGUGACUAACUUCACACAGGAUGACCUCUGUGAGGAUGACGUCAUGCUAUUGGACACCUGGGACCAGGUGUUUCUCUGGAUUGGUAAAGAGGCCACUGAGGUUGAGCGCAAAGAAUCGGUGAACACAAGCCGAGAAUACCUGCAAACCCACCCGGGUGCCAGAGAUCCAGACACCCCCAUCAUCUUGGUCAAGCAAGGCUUUGAGCCGCCCACCUUCACUGGGUGGUUCACAGCCUGGGAUCCCUCCAAAUGGAGUGGAGGAAAGAGCUAUGAGGAGUUGAAGGUGGAACUGGGAGACGUGACAUCACCCGUUAAUGUUACAAAAUGUGGUGAAAGUGAGAAAAACUGUCAGUUUUUUCCACCAGAAGCUCUGAUCAACAAGUCAGCCGAGGAGCUGCCUGAAGGUGUUGACCCCACCCAGAAAGAGAAAUACCUCUCUGACUCUGACUUCAGCCAAGUGUUUGGGAUCACCAAAGAUGACUUUGCGAGGCUGCCGCAAUGGAAACAGCUGCAUGUGAAGAAAGACAAAAUGAUGUUUUGA